GGAGACCGACAUGAACUCUGGUCUUCCUUCCAGCCAGGUCGAACCUCGUCGCAAGCGCACUGGCUGGAACGAACUGACUACCGAGAAGACCAACUUCUUCAUUCAGUUCAUUGGUUACUUCCGUGGUCCUAUUCUCUAUGUUAUGGAAUUGGCUGUUCUCUUGGCUGCUGGUCUGCGUGACUGGAUUGAUUUCGGUGUCAUUAUUGGUAUUCUGAUGCUUAACGCUGUGGUCGGUUGGUACCAGGAGAAGCAGGCUGCCGACGUGGUGGCUUCCCUCAAGGGUGACAUUGCCAUGAAGGCUGUUGUUAAGCGUGAUGGCCAGGAACAGGAAAUUCUUGCUCGCGAGCUUGUUACUGGUGAUAUUGUUAUUAUCGAGGAAGGUACCAUCGUUCCCGCUGAUAUUCGUCUGAUCUGCGACUACGACAAGCCUGAAAUGUACGAGACUUACAAGGAAUACCUCGCCACUGCCAACGAUGAUACCCUCAAGGAGAAGGAUGAUGAGGAUGAGGAUGGUGGCAUCGAGGCUCGCGUCGGUGUCUCUCUUGUUGCCGUUGAUCAGUCCGCCAUCACUGGUGAAUCUCUCGCUGUCGAUAAGUACAUGGCUGACACUUGCUACUACACCACUGGUUGCAAGCGCGGCAAGGCCUACGCUGUCGUCACUGCUACUGCCCAACAGUCCUUCGUCGGUAAGACCGCUGCUCUCGUUCAGGGCGCCAAGGACCAGGGUCACUUCAAGGCCGUCAUGGACAACAUUGGUACCUCUCUGCUCGUUCUCGUCAUGUUCUGGAUUCUCGCUGCCUGGAUUGGUGGUUUCUACCGUCACCUCAAGAUCGCUACCCCCGAGCACUCGGACGAGAGUCUUCUCAAGUACACCCUGAUUCUCCUGAUCAUUGGUGUCCCCGUCGGUCUUCCCGUUGUCACCACCACCACCCUCGCUGUCGGUGCUGCCUACCUCGCUGAGCAGAAGGCCAUUGUCCAGAAGCUCACUGCCAUCGAAUCCCUGGCUGGUGUCGAUAUUCUCUGCUCGGACAAGACCGGUACCCUCACUGCUAACCAGCUCUCCAUCCGGGAGCCUUACGUCAACGAGGGUGUUGAUGUCAACUGGAUGAUGGCUGUUGCUGCGAUUGCUUCCAACCACAACGUCAAGAACCUCGACCCCAUUGACAAGGUCACCAUUCUUACUCUCCGCCGCUACCCCAAGGCCCGUGAAAUUCUCGCCCGCAACUGGAUCACCGAGAAGUACACUCCUUUCGAUCCGGUCUCCAAGCGUAUUACGACCGUCUGUACCUGCGAUGGUGUCCGCUACGUCUGCGCGAAGGGUGCUCCCAAGGCGAUCUUGAACAUGUCCCAGUGCUCCGAGGAGGAGGCCCAGAAGUUCCGUGACAAGGCUACUGAGUUCGCUCGCCGUGGUUUCCGUUCUCUCGGUGUUGCCGUCCAGAAGGAGGGUGAGCCCUGGCAAUUGCUCGGCAUGUACCCCAUGUUCGACCCCCCCCGUGAUGACACUGCCCACACCAUUGCUGAGGCCCAGCACCUCGGUCUGUCCGUUAAGAUGUUGACUGGUGAUGCUCUUGCCAUUGCCAAGGAAACCUGCAAGAUGCUUGCUCUCUCGACCAAGGUUUACGACUCCGAGAAGCUCAUCCACGGUGGUCUUGCUGGCUCUGCUCAGUACGAUCUCGUUGAGAAGGCUGAUGGUUUCGCUGAAGUUUUCCCCGAGCACAAGUACCAGGUCGUCGAGAUGCUCCAGCAGCGUGGUCACUUGACUGCCAUGACUGGUGAUGGUGUCAACGAUGCUCCUUCCCUCAAGAAGGCUGACUGUGGUAUUGCGGUCGAGGGUUCCACCGAAGCUGCCCAGGCUGCCGCCGAUAUUGUCUUCCUUGCCCCUGGUCUCUCCACCAUCGUCGAUGCUAUCAAGCUUGCCCGCCAGAUCUUCCAGCGUAUGAAGGCCUACAUCCAGUACCGUAUUGCUCUGUGUAUCCAUCUGGAACUGUACCUCGUCACCUCCAUGAUCAUUAUCAACGAGACCAUCCGUGCCGAUCUGAUCGUCUUCAUUGCUCUGUUUGCUGAUCUUGCUACCAUUGCCGUUGCCUACGAUAAUGCUCACUUCGAAAUGCGCCCCGUCGAGUGGCAGUUGCCCAAGAUCUGGGUCAUCUCCGUUGUCCUCGGUGUUCUCCUUGCUGCUGGUACCUGGAUCAUCCGUGCCUCUCUCUUCCUUGAGAACGGCGGUAUCAUCCAGAACUUCGGUUCUCCCCAGUCCAUCCUCUUCCUUGAAGUUUCCCUCACUGAGAACUGGCUCAUCUUCGUCACCCGUGGUGGCAAGACCUGGCCCUCGUGGCAGUUGGUUUUCGCCAUCUUCAUUGUCGAUGUCCUCGCCACCCUGUUCUGUGUCUUCGGCUGGCUCGCCGGCGACUACCACCAGACCAGCCCCCCCAGCCAGGAUCACUUCUCCAUCCACAGCGAUACCGAUAUUGUCACCGUCGUUGUCAUCUGGGCCUACUCCAUUGGUGUUACCGUCAUCAUUGCCGUCGUCUACUACAUUCUCACCAUCAUUCCUGGUCUUGACAACCUCGGCCGCAAGAACCGCUCCGUGGUUGACACCAAGAUCGAGAACAUGCUGGGUGCUCUCGCCAAGCUGGCUAUCGAGCACGAGGUUGAUGCCCACGGCAAGUCCCGCUACACCCUUGGUGCCCGCGCUUCUCCCGAGGAUGAAGAGGAGUAAGCGUUUUUGCUUUUGCACCCGUUCCUUAUUUCAUACCACCUGGAUAUCGCUUGCGCAUACAUGCAUAGGCUGUCUCACAGCUUUGCACUUUUUACCCGUAUUAUAGAUUUUUUUUCCCCCCCCCUAUUACUUGCUCUAAGUUGAUAGAGUUGAUUUCUUUUCUUUUACAU